AUGACCCAUGUCACCGGGACUUUCGGCGAUUCGGGUGUCGGAAAAUCGAAUUUACUGUCGAGAUUCACUCGAAAUGAGUUCAGUCUCGAAUCCAAGUCGACCAUCGGCGUUGAGUUCGCCACUCGAAGCAUCCGGGUCGAUGAUAAAGUAGUUAAGGCUCAGAUUUGGGACACUGCCGGCCAAGAACGAUAUCGUGCAAUCACAAGUGCCUACUAUCGAGGAGCUGUUGGUGCAUUGCUUGUAUAUGAUGUCACUCGUCAUGUUACAUUUGAAAAUGUUGAGAGAUGGUUGAGGGAACUCAGGGAUCAUACAGAUUCUAACAUUGUUAUCAUGCUUGUUGGAAAUAAGGCAGACUUGCGUCACUUGCGCGCUGUUCAAACUGAAGAUGCAAAGGCAUUUGCUGAAAAAGAACAUGCAUUUUUCAUGGAAACCUCUGCUUUGGAGUCUAUGAACGUAGAAAAUGCCUUUACAGAGGUGCUUACUCAGAUACAUCAAGUUGUCAGCAGGAAAGCUCUUGAGGCUAGUGAUGAUCCAGCUGCCUUACCUAAAGGGCAGACCAUUAAUGUCAGCUCUAAGGAUGAUGUUUCAGCUGUAAAGACAGGUGGUUGCUGCUCUGCAUAGUGGAGACCAAAGAGUGAGAAGCAGAUGCAGUUGUGGGGGUAUCGUCCAUGUUUACAUUAACAGCACAGUUCAUUUCGCCAUUAGUUUUAGUUCAUUGGCAUCCAAAAAUUUGUCCAACUCGAGCCAACUCUCUAGAGUAAGAGUCUUAGUUAAAUGCUUGUAUUUUUUUUAAAUUUUUUUUUGGUUUUAAUUAUUUUCCUUUGCGAUGGUGCACUAUUGUAUUCUUUCCCAUAGGAGUACUUUACUUGAGAUUAUAUUCGAUUGCUGAGGUCGAAUUUAGGAAUGUAACUGUCAUCUGAUUGCUUAAUUUCUUGCUGCUCUUGAUGUUGUUGUGUUAUUUUA